AUGACUGAAUCUGAAUUAUAUCAAUCUUCAUGGUUACUUUAUAACAACAUAUAUUCACCUUCCCCUAUAGAGGACAUUGAUAUUACAAGCUGUGAUCUUUCUCCUACUUUACAUUUGAGUGAAUGGACUUGUGAUAAUUCAUUUCCAUGUACUAAACUUCCUGAAAACUUGUCAUGUGAAGAUUAUAUGGAUCAACUUCCAAGUCUUGUUGAUGACCUAGAUUUUUCAUUACCACCUAAUGAUCUUAUAUGUGAAAUCCAGCAUUUAAUGAAUGACAUGCAAAUCGAUCCACAAAUUGGAAUAAUUCAUCUCCUCAUGUUUUAUGCAGAAGCCAUGGGAAACAAAUUGGAGGAGUUGACAUUGGUUAUUGCAAAGAGAAUUAGUGAACAAGCAAGCAAUCAGCAGCCUACCUUAGACAAGAGUCUCAUAAAAUCUUCUAUUCAGCCUUCAAAGCAAUUUACCAAUUUACCAAUUUUUGCGCCUGCUGAAGUAGAUGUCAUCAACAUAUUUGAUUUCGAUAUUGGUGAAGGAAUUCAAUGGGCUACUAUGAUCGAUGCCCUUGGAAACGAACAAAGGGAAGUACGACUAAUAUCAAUCAAUAUGAAUGAGGACAUGAUUGAUGAUCCUUGCACAACUCAUACUAGGUGGAGUUUUGAGGAUACUAAAAGAAGACUUAUCAAUCAUGCAAUGUUGUAUGGUGUAAAAUUGAAGGUGGAGGAGCAGGAAUUGAAUGAUCUAAUGAUUAAAAUGAAAAACCUGAAGAAACAGAACGCGGAAAAACAAUGGUUUGCCUUUAAUUGCAUGGUGGCAUUGCCCCAUCUGGGGAGGAUAAGGAGGAGAAAGGAUGUUUUCGAGGUCCUAACAAUUGCAAAGAAUUUCUUAGAACAUGCUACAACGUGUUGUGCUAGUGAAAAGUGCAUUAUUACUUUAGGCGAUGGAGAUGCCUGGGAAAAAUUUGUAAGCACUAGCAGCUACAAUGAAUUCUUGGAAACAAAUAUUGCUCAUUUUCAAUCCUUGUUAGAAUCAAUUGAAGUUAUUUUCCCAACUCAAUUUAUACAUGCAAGAACUACCAUGGAAUACCUGUUUGUGGCACCCUUCGUCUUGUCUAGUGCUUGGGCUUCGAAAUGGGAGAAGAAGAAGAGAUUUGGAGAUCUUAAAUUUGGAUUUGGUUUAGAGGGCUAG